GCAGGCUGUGCUGUUACGUUCUGCAUCUUGCAUUUGUACAUCCACUGUUUAGCAGCAAGACUGAGCUCCUUUCUCUGCAGAGGCAAGAAGCAUCCACCCACUUGGAGAAAUUACUUAUCCAAACACUACAUAUAGACUGUCCCCUGACCACAGACUACCCCCCACCCACUCCUCAUCCACCCACCCACAUUUCUCCUGUUCUUGGUACCUACCAGCAUGGCUGAGACUACUAAAACCCAUGUUAUACUGCUGGCCUGCGGCAGCUUCAACCCUGUCACAAAAGGACAUAUUCAGAUGUUUGAAAGAGCCCGGGACUAUCUGCACAAAACUGGAAAGUUCAUUGUGAUUGGAGGAAUCAUCUCCCCUGUUCAUGACUCAUAUGGAAAGCAGGGUCUGGUUUCAAGUCGACACCGUCUUACAAUGUGUCAGCUGGCUGUUCAAAACUCAGACUGGAUAAGGGUGGACCCAUGGGAGUGCUAUCAGGAUACGUGGCAGACAACAUGUAGUGUCUUGGAACACCACCGAGACCUGAUGAAGAGAGUCACUGGAUGUAUUCUCUCUAAUGUGAACACACCCUCUGUCACACCUGUGAUUGGUCAGUCCCUCAACCAGUCAACACAACCUGUCUACCAGAACAGCAACCUCAGCAACAAGCCUACUGCUGUGAGGAUCCUGGGAAAAGUUGGAGAGGGUCUAAGUCGAAUGUGUUGUGUCCGUCCAAACUUACAGCGUGUCACUUUUGUGGAUGAGAAUGCCAACUUGGGAACAGUGAUGCGAUAUGAGGAGAUUGAGCUGCGAAUCUUGCUCCUGUGUGGCAGUGACCUGCUUGAAUCAUUUUGUAUCCCUGGUCUGUGGAAUGAAUCAGAUAUGGAAGUAAUUGUGGGAGAUUUUGGAAUUGUGGUUGUGCCACGUGAUAGCGUAGAACCUGAACAAAUCAUCAACCAUUCGUCAUUGCUUCGUAAAUACAAGAACAACAUUCUGAUAGUGAAAGAUGACAGUAACCAUCCAAUGGCUGUAGUUAGCUCCACCAAAAGCAGAUUGGCCCUGCAGCAUGGGGAUGGCCAUGUAGUGGACUACCUUGUGCAGCCAGUCAUUGACUAUGUUCUGAAAAGCCAGCUUUAUAUUAAUACAUCAGGCUGACACAGACUCCUUUCGCAAUUCUGAUAAACGUGGCUCUGUGCUCCCCUUGUAAACACAAUACCAUGUAUUUACUGCUCACUGUAAUGUUCUCAAUGAUCAUUAUACAUCUGUCCACCACUAGGCCCUUGUUCUUUGUCGCCUUCACCUGUCUGAACCAUGUAUCUCACUUCAGCUCUAUGACUCCAGGCUGUAUCUACUCUGUUGAGAGCUCUACUUGCAUUCUACAUAAAAAAAGAGUCAGUCUCUGGUGGAUUUUACAGUAGACAAAAACAUAUUUUAUGUGGUGAAAGGACAGGGUAAUAAUUCACCCAUUUAGUGUUUUGCAUGCCAUGCCAUACUGAAUGGGUAUAUUUUACUCUCCCUCACUAUUAAUCACUGUUUUUAAAUUGGGGGUUAUGUAUAGGGUGUUUAUUACAUUCUUACGACAAUUCUCUGUUGCCUUUAUGCCGGCUUCUGAAGGGUCAUAACUUAUCAUGUUCUUUCUCUGCCUCGCUUUUCAACACAUAUAACUAUGGGUAAUGGUAAACCCAUUCCUGUGACACUACCAUGUGCAGACUGCACUCAGUUAGCAUGUUUUUGCGGUGCUUAUAUCUGUUUAUGUUGUGGUGCAUAAUAUUUAUAAAUGGCUGACUAGGAGGGAAGUGAAGUGUCGGACUGGAAGGAGAACUUUAAAAGCAACACAAAUACAGCGGAGCUAUAAGAUUCCCUGGCACAAGUAUACGUUUAUGGUUAAGGUGCAGUUUCAUGUCUUAAUAUAACUACACUCACAUUAAAAUAGACAGAAGCAAAUGCUACAAAUUACCCUUUGCAAUUCAUUAUGGACCAAUACUUUAAUAUGCUUUAGAAAUCUGUGUAGAUAUAUGAUAUAAAACUGAAAGUAGGUGCAACAAGGAAAGCAGAAUAUAUAAUAUACACACUAUUCACUAAGGGCUAGUGCUUAUUCCAUGCAGAGGAUAAGAAGUCUCCAAAGAUUGCAUAGAGAUCACACUCUCAGUUUACCACUUUCAUAAAACACACUUUUAUCAUUUUGCAAAGUAAUGCUGAAAUGAAAGUUGAUAAACAAUGAACACUUAAAACUGCACCCUGAAUUUCUUGAUAACAGGUUUUUAUAGCACCUAUAAAGAAUGUCGCAUUUUAAAGAAUUUGUUGCAGUACAGUCUUCAGUUUGUAUGAUCGUGCUUUUUUCUAGUCCAAGCGAUCACCCAAAAAGACUUGUUGAAGUAGCAGCUAGAGGUGUCUUUUUCAUAUAUAGGUUUGAUUGACGGUGCCAUUUGUGCAUGCAGUGGAUUCAUUUCUUCCAGGAGAAAUAGAAUUGAUUGAUCAAUAAACAGUUACUCACCCCCCCCCCCCCAAAAGUUAUCAUUAACAACCUAAAUUCCCUGGUCCCUGCAAUAAAAACUCUACCACUGAUGUAUUGUGUUUUUAGAAAUCAUAUGCACGGCUAUAGGAAUCUGUAUUUAUUUAUUUGAUACUGGUACAGUCAUACUCAAAUAGCGUGAAAUAGUAUUGAUCUGUAGCAGCAGAUCCUACCCCAUAGUACUAUCCACUCACUGUGAUAGACCCCCCUGUUUUCAAGUAUUGAUUAACUGACUUUUGUUGCUAGUGUGGCCCACUUGGUGUUUGAGCUAUGGAUUAUUAUAAUAUCACUAACAAGCUGAGAGAGUUUAUAGAGAACAGAAAUUGUUUCACAAUACCACAUACAAAAUGCUCAUCAGCUAUGUUAUCUGCUUUGCAACACAACCAAACACAUUCCCAUUAUGUGCUGUUCUUGCAGCCAAAAAAGAAUGAUGUGUGUGUUAUCUGAGCAAUGGAUCAUUAAGACAAAAUGUAAGGGGACUUAUAUAAACAUAUGCUUCAUCUCUGGGGGGGGUAGAUAUAUUGUAGCAGCUCUUUUACUAGUGUAAUAUGUUUUGUUCAUUUUGAUGUUGCCAUUUUAUCAAUAAAAUAUUGCUUUGCUAGAAA